AUGGGGACCACACAUUCCAAGGGUGGUGACAGGCGGGGGGCACUCCCUGGCCGCCCUGAGCUGCCUUUCUACGGCUCCCUCCCUAGGAAAUGGAGCGAGAAUGUCUUCUUGGAUAAUGAGCUAUUGACUUCCAAGAUCCUGUCGGUGCUGAAGCCCCAGGCGCAGGCGGAGCGAGGCUUCAGGACAGGUGACCUCCGCUACCCUGCCCACUUUCUCAGCACCAACUCUGUGUUUGCCUCUGUUGCAGCCUCCCUGAAGGAGCACCCUCGGACCACGCUCCUGUCUGAUGGCAGCAGCCCAGCUCCUUCCAGGAAUGUCGGCAUGACCGUCUCUCAGAAAGGGGGUCCCCAGCCAACACCGAGCCCAGCCGGUUCUGGGGUACGACCUGGACCAAUCACUGGAGACAUGGAUGAAGCCGACUCCGUGUUUUUAAAAUUGAAGCAGACGGCCGAUGACUCUCUGUCACUCACAUCCUCGAAUGCUGAGUCUGUUUUCAUAGAAGAUCCUUACAUUGCCUCCCUGAGGUGUGAGAUUGAAUCCGAUGCCCAUGAGUUUGAGGCUGAGUCCUGGAGCCUCUCUGUGGAUUUAGCAUAUGCCAAGAAACAAAAGAAGGAGGUGGUGAAGAGACAAGAUGUCCUGUAUGAGCUGAUGCAGACAGAGGCACACCAUGUGCGCACCCUCAAGAUCAUGCUGAAAGUCUACUCCAGGGCCCUGCGGGAGGAGCUGCAGUUCAGUGGCCAGGCCGUCAGCCGCCUAUUCCCAUGUGCUGACGACCUAUUGGAAUUGCACAGCCACUUCCUGGCCCGCCUCAAGGAGCGCCGGCAGGAGUUCCUGGAGGAGGGCAGUGACCGGAAUUACGUCAUCCAAAAGAUUGGGGAUGUCCUGGUCCAGCAGUUCUCAGGGGAAAGCGGAGAGAGGAUGAAAGAGAAGUACGGUGUGUUCUGCAGCGGCCACAACGACGCCGUCAGUCACUACAAGUUACUGCUGCAGCAGAGCAAGAAGUUUCAAAACUUAAUCAAGAAAAUCGGCAACUUUUCCAUUGUGCGACGGCUGGGAGUUCAGGAGUGUAUCCUUCUGGUCACACAGCGCAUAACCAAGUACCCAGUACUGGUGGAGCGCAUCAUCCAGAACACAGAAGCCGGCACUGAGGACUACAAAGACCUGAGCCAGGCCCUGAACCUCAUCAAAGACAUCAUCUCACAAGUGGACGCCAAAGUCAGUGAGUACGAGAAGGGCCAGCGCCUCCGGGAGAUCGCGGGCAAGGUGGACUUGAAGUCAUCCAGCAAACUCAAGAAUGGGCUCACCUUCCGCAAGGAGGACAUGCUGCAGCGCCAGCUCCAGCUGGAAGGCACCUUGUGCUGGAAGUCCACGUCAGGGCGCUUGAAAGAUGUCCUCGCUGUCCUGUUGACUGACGUGCUUUUGCUGCUACAAGAAAAGGAUCAGAAGUACGUCUUUGCUUCUGUGGACUCAAAGCCACCCGUCAUCUCUCUGCAAAAGCUCAUUGUGAGAGAGGUGGCCAACGAGGAGAAGGCCAUGUUUCUGAUCAGCGCCUCCAAGCAAGGGCCAGAGAUGUAUGAGAUCUAUACCAGUUCCAAAGAAGACAGGAACACCUGGAUGGCCCACAUCCGCCGAGCCGUGGAGAGCUGUCCUGAUGAGGAGGAGGGUCCUUUCAGCGAGACUGAGGAGAAGAAGAUGACUGAAGCCCGCACCAUGAGACUCCGGGACUUUCAAGAGCGACUGAGCCUGAAAGACCAGCUGAUCGCCCAGAGCCUCCUGGAGAAGCAGCAGAUCUACCUGGAGAUGGCUGAGCUGAGCGGGCUGGACGAGUCACCCCAGUGCCGAGGCCUCUUCCGAGGAGGCGGGGACCCCUCUGAGACCCUACGCGGGGAGCAGAUUCUCAGAUCAGCCAUGAGCGAGAUUGAGGGCAUCCAGAGCCUGAUCUGCCGGCGGCUGGGCAGCACCAGUGGCCAAGUGGAGGAGGGAGGUGUGUCUGCAGGCCUACCUCGGAGGGCUGAGACCUUCGGGGGCUACGACAGUGUGGGCAGCCCCAUCAAGAGUGGCAGCUUUAAAAAGAAAAUGUGCAACAAUGACCUCAGGCCCCAAGACUGGCAGGGGCCUGCUAGCAGCCCAGAUUCCAAAUCCUGUGACGGCAACACCCCCAGUGGCUGUGAGGAAUCGCCACAAGCGGUGGAGAUGCCUAGCACAGAGAGUAGCUCAUGUCUGCCCACUGUCCUGGAGUCAGAGCUGGUCCACCGGGUCCAGACACUGUCGCAGCUGCUUCUUAGUCUCCAGGCAGUCAUCGCCCAACAGGACAGCUAUGUGGAGAUGCAGCGAGUGGCCAUCCAGGAGCGCGAGAAGCAGUUCCGGCUGCAAUCAACACGUGGGAACCUGCUCCUCGAGCAAGAGCGGCAGCGCAACUUUGAGAAGCAGCGUGAGGAGCGGGCAGGCGUGGAAAAGCUGCAGAGCCAGCUGCGCCAGGAGCAGCAGCGCUGGGAGCGGGAACGUGCACGCCAGCAGCAGGAACUGGAGUUGGCGGGCGCGCGCCUGCAGGAGCGAGAGGGCGAGGCGCGCCAGCUGCGCCAGCGGCUGGACGAGGAGCGCACGGAGCUGGAGCGGCAGCGCCAGGCCUACCAACACGACCUGGAGCGUCUGCGCGAGGCCCAGCGUGCAGUGGACCGUGAACGCGAGCGCCUGGAGCUGCUGCGCAGAUUCAAGAAACAGAACACUGCACCGGGGGCACUGCCCCCAGAGGUGCUGGCAGAGGCGCAGCCCACAAGCCACCCUCCCAGUUUCAAUGGGGACGGACCGGAGGGGCGCUUGGCCCUAGCCAAAGCACCAGGGACCCAAGGGAGCAUGCUGCUGCCUGGCACGGGGCCUGAGUACAUGGAGCGACCUGAGGUGGCCCGCUGGGACAGUGUCCCUGCGGAGAGCCGGCCAGCCAAGAGCGAUGUGCCCAUCCAGCUGCUCAGUGCCACCAACCAGAUUCAGAGGCAGACAGCCGUGCAGCAGCAGAUCCCCACCAAGCUGGCCGCGUCCACCAAGGGCAGCAAGGACAAGAGCAGCAAGAGCAGGGUUUCCCAGCGCUGGGAGAGCUCAGCGUCCUUCGACCUGAAGCAGCAGCUGCUUCUCAACAAGUUCAUAAGCAAGGAUGAGAAUUCGUCACGAAACCGCCGGUCACUGAGUCCCAUCCUGCCUGCCACCCAUGGAUCUGCACCUGCCCCAGACCCCUGCUUUCCAGCCCCAAGUCCAGCCCCAGCUACCACGCCCCCUGAGGCCUUCUUCAAGUCUGGAAGCACAUCCCUGCCACCUGCAUCCCCAGGCCCCUCACUGCCAACCACACCACUCACAGCCAAGGACGAAGUUGGCAAGGAAGAUGUCAUCUUCUUCUGAGGGGACCACUGCCCCAAAGCAGACCCCUUUCUGUCCUGAUAACCCUUUAUGUCUAUGGGGAUCCCACGGGUGACUGUUACUGUCUGGCCGUCCCCUUCCCCUGCCUGAGCACACCCAGGCACUUGCUCACCUGAGGUUGCCCUGUUGGUGUCUUGGGUCUCACAGCUCUCUGUAGAAUUAGUGGUAAAGUCUGGGUAGCCUCUUCCACCUUUUUAUAUAUGUACGUGUAAACAAAAUUCUUUUAAAUUGAAGGUCGAACUCCAGCUAAACCACAGAGCUGUUUUAAUCCAGAGGUAGACAGCACAAGCUGGGGAGCCAGGAGACAAACACAGGUGGGUCUGAGAAGACCCUGGCUCCAGGGGCAGGUUCCAUAACCCCCAGAAAUCUCUGGGUUGAGCUGAGUCAUUAGGCACCAGAAGGCACUAGAAUCACCCAGAGUCCAGUGAAUCGCCUCCUCCAAAGCAGCAAUUGAUGCUGGCCAGAGAGAGCCUUGACCAGUAAAUGAACUGGGCAGCCCAUGGAGCAAUGGACUGAGUCUGUGGGUUCAGAAAUCAAUCUGAAGAGGGGCACCUACCAUGUCCUCCCAUCCGCCCAUCUGAGACACAGAACCCUGGGUUCAGCAGGGCAGCACAUAUCCCAGACAGACAGUGUUUGAUCCCUGUGAAAUGAGCAGGUUUUUCCCUGGUCUUUUCCGUGUUCUGCCAGAAAGGUAGGAGUCUGGUCAGUGGCUGAUCUGGUCUGGUCUUGUUUCCAGGGCUGGGCACCCAUAGGCUCAGGAGGUGACCGGGGGUGUGGUGACCCUGAAAGUGGUGGUGUCUAGUGACUUCAGAGAGCCAGGAGUGGUGUGGGGGCCCCUUGUCGUCUCUGUAGUGUCCAGAGUGUAUAUCCAUCUACCAGACCUCAUCCGUGCCAUGUUGCUAAUCAGUGUUUUGUGCUUUUUUUGUACUGAGAUGUAUCAGAGCACUUUAGGAAAGUUGUUUUUAAGUUCCCACUUGGUGAAGAGAACAUUCCAGGACCCCACCCCUGACACUAUGAUUUUUUGGACUUAGAAGGUGGCCCUGGGUCGGGUUUAUCACAUCUGCCCGGUGGCCAGGUGUGUCUCAUCCGUGUCGUGCACACAGUAGAGCAAUGUCCUCAGUGUAUCCGUCACCAGCAGCCGAGGUUCCUCCUUGGUGGACCUUGUUCGGAAAGCUGGUGAGCUGGCAACAUUCCCAACUCUGAGAAUGAGUGGCAUCCCUUGUCAGUUGUGACCGUGAUCUUCGUCUACCCCGUGAUUAUUUUCACAGUGAUAACAGAGCAUCCUGGCCAUGGGGUAUUCUGGAAUCACCCUAGAACUUAUGACCAGAUUCUAGCAAUAAAAGUAUCCAAAGGA